AUGGCUUGGACAGUUCCUCAGGUCGUUCUCUUCGGAGACUCUUUGUUCCAACAAUGCUCAGAUAUCCAGGACGGCUUCUCUUUCCAAGCUGCUCUCCAGUCUGAUUUCAUUCGACGUUUGGAUAUUGUGAACCGGGGAUACUCGGGUUUCAACACCGACAUCGCUCUGAGAUAUCUCCCUGAAAUCUUCCCGGAACGAACAGCCUCAUCACCUAAGAUGGACUAUCUGGUUCUCCUGUUUGGCGCAAAUGAUGCUGUGCUUCCUGGCGCUAUCACCAAGCAGCAUGUUCCUAUAGAUCGGUACAAGGAAAACCUCACCAAGAUCAUCAACCACCCGCGCAUCGCUGCUCACAAGCCCCAGAUUCUGCUAGUGACGCCCCCUCCCCUGGAUGAGAUCAAGACGACCCCUCGAUCCAUCGAGAAUGGCCACCAAGGAGCAGUUCGCAAGUCGGCCAUUAGCGCUGCCUACUCCGAGGUGGCUCGUGAGGUCGCGCGAGAGAAUCCUGGGGUUAUUCUGGUUGACCUUUGGAAGGCCCAGAUGGACAAGGCCAUCUCCCUCACUCCUGACGAUUACACCCCUGGUGGACCAUGGCUAGGCGACCCUGAGAACGGUAAGCAGGGUGGCCUGGAUACUCUCCUUCACGACGGGCUCCAUAUGAGCGGAUCUGGUUAUCAGGUAUUCUAUGAGAGCCUUAAGCCAUUUAUCGGUAAGGAGUGGCACGGCCUCGCGGACGAUGAUCGCAAAGGGUUUGUGAUACCAGAUUGGCGAGAACUGCUGGAGCUCAAGCCCAAUCUGAACACUGGCGAUUAG